UUUCGAGGCUUAAUACUCCUGGAUGGUUCUUCGCUUUCCGGUCGUCGGCCCGGUUCCUCUGCUAUCAGGUCGAACGGAGAGAACUUGAGCGGUUCGCUUUAUCCAGAGUGUCAACGCUCCCUCGUCUUCUUCCCGCUGGCAGGAUUUUCAAAGCUCCAAUGUCGCGUCCGAGCCACAGCGAGCAUGUGCUGCAGCAGCUCAACAGCCAGAGGGAGUGGGGCUUCCUGUGCGACUGCCUGCUCUCCAUCGGUGACUUCUACUUCCGGGCACACAGAGCCGUGCUGGCCGCUUGCAGCGCCUACUUCAGGAUGACCUUCAUCCGUGACCAGCAGGGCUCCUGGUCUGAGUGCCAGGGGCCCAGGCCCGAGCAGCAGGUCUCGCUGGACCUCAGCAACAUGAAGAUCAGUGCCGAAUGCUUCGACCGGAUCCUGCAGCUCAUGUACGUCGGCCGCGUGGUCUCGGGAGGCUACAACUUUGAGGAGCUGAAAACGUCCAUGGCGUCACUGCAAAUGUACUACGUCCCUGAAUCUCCGGAGGAUUUGCAAGACCGCCACAGCUCCGCCCCGACUCCCUCCUCCUCCUCCUCCAGCGCCUCUGCUCCACUGAGCAGUGCUAUGAUGUUUGGGGUCCGUAUGUACGAGUCUUCACCCGCUGUGGGCACAGUCAAGGCCGGCGCUGCCACUCUGGCACCGGCCACAGGUGGAGAAGGGGCGGAGCAACCGUGCGACCUGAGGAAGCGCUCCGGGGGGCGGAGCCUGAAGGAUCGGCCGCGCUUCGGCCGCACAUACACCUGCGACGACUGUGGCUUUGUCUUCAGCUGCGAGAAGCUGCUCUUAGAGCAUGCGCUCACUUGCUCCUCCCACAGGAAGUACCGCCCCCCCAGCACUCCACCGGACCUGCAGUCCAGCAAGGAAGAGAGCCUGGCCUCCGACAGCAAAGCGGAUGAGGACUGGCCUGGGGCCGGCGCCGCUCUGUGGCCGGAGCCCUGCUCCACCGGGGCGGUGGCCAUCAAGACUGAGCCAGAAGACGGAGAAGAAAUGGGCGAGAAGGUGAGCGGGGAGGAGUCGAGUCGUGACGCAGGAGUCACGCUCCGGUCGUGGGAGGAGUCGGGGAGCUGCGCCUCCAGAGUUAAAACGGAGGGUGCGGAUGAGCGGGAACCCUGCGAGCUCUGCAGCGAGCCGCUCAUGGAGGAAGACAGAGCCGCACACUUUCUUGCCAGUCACAUGACCCAUGUCUGCGCGUGUGGGAGGUGUGGUCAGGUGCUGAUCAAAGGGCGACAGCUGCAGGAACAUGCCGAGCGCUGUGCCGGCGGAGAGUCGGAGGAAGAGGAGGAGGAGGAGGAGUCAGGGGCGUGCCCUCACUGCGGCCUCCUCUUCCAGAGUCAGUCGGCCGUGCUGGAGCAUGCCCUGUCCUGUCCUGAGCCGCCACCCGCCCCGGACGAGGGCGGCGGCGGCGGCGCCGACCACCGGAGGAAACACUUCUGCAGCAUCUGCGGCCGGGGGUUCUACCAGCGCUGCCAUUUGCGCGAGCACCACACCGUCCACACCCGCCACAAGCAGUUCACCUGCGCCACCUGUGGGAAGCAGUUCCUGCGAGAGCGCCAGCUCCGCCUCCACACUGACAUGCACCAAGGCGCCGCCCGCUACCUGUGCCCUGUCUGCCAGCAGGGGGCCUUCCUGAAACAUGAGCACGUCCGGCACAUGGCCUCCCACCUGGCUGCCGGCCAGACGCUCUGCCAGGUGUGUUUCCAGAUCUUCCCUGGACGCGAGCAGCUGGAGGUCCACAUGGAGGUGCACCUGUACACCUGCGGGGUGUGUGGGGACAAGUUCCGCUUGAGAAAGGACCUGCGGAGCCACUACCACUCCAGACACACCAGACGACUCUGACCUGCUCCGACCACUCCGCUCGCUCCGUACCUGUCUGUCCAGCUGCUCUGUAGACAAAUAAAGAUUUGGCGCUGAAAGAGCUCUUGUCUUGUGAGUGACACCUUCGGUCAUUGCCUCAUGAUUACGGAUGGACGUCACUGUUUUCAGUGCCGCACCGUGGCGUCAGAUGUUGACACUGUGAGACUGCAGCAGUGCUGCUGAGCUCAACAGUGGCGUGAGCCAAGUGACGGCUGCCUUCACUGCGACCACAAACAGGGAAAUCCUGCCCCUGAACAUGCUACAUCUGAAACCAGGAGUGUGUUGGUGGACAACCUGUGGCUGCCAUCACUGUCCCGUGGAAGAAGGCUCUAUAUUGAUGUAUUGGACUUAGUUU